ACCACCACGAGGUGGCGCUGUUUCCGAGGACCAACCAUGUUUUUUUUAGCAAAAUAAUUAUCGUCGUGAAAAAAAUAGAAACUGGAAAAGAAGAAGGAAGCUCUGUGUCCGUUAAUUUCAACAUGGCUGUUACUCACGCAAAUCAGACAAGUAACUCCCAGCCAAGCAAAACAUGGGAGCUCAGCCUUUAUGAGCUUCAUCGUACGCCUCAAGAGGCAAUUACAGAUGACACAGAAAUAGCAGUCUCCCCCCGUAGUCUUCACAGUGAGCUCAUGUGCCCGAUAUGUCUGGACAUGUUAAAGAAUACGUACACGACCAAGGAAUGUCUGCAUCGGUUCUGUCAAGAGUGCAUCAUCACUGCUCUUAGAAGUGGGAACAAAGAAUGCCCAACUUGCCGGAAGAAGCUGGUGUCAAAACGAUCACUUCGUCCAGAUCCUAACUUUGACGCUUUAAUUUCAAAGAUCUACCCCAGCAGGGACGAGUAUGAGGCACACCAGGAGCGAGUGUUGGCGAAGUUGACGGGACAUCACAAUACCAAUGCAUUGAGUAAUAGCAUAGAGGAAGGACUGAAAAUACAGGCCAUGAACAGAGCACAGAGAGUGAGGAAACACAACCAAGUAAAUGAAGACAUGGAGGCCACCGAUGCCAUCUGUGGUGGUGGGAUCGUCGACGGGGUCAUCGAUGGGGUCGUUGAUGGGGUUGUUGACGGGGUCGCCGACCUUGAGCCAGAACCUGAACCGGAACCAGAACUUGGUGAAAUUGGUGACGUUGAAACCUGUAAGAGAUUACGAACGUCAGACGAGUCGAGUACUGAAGCCCUGGAACAAGUGACUGAUAGUAGUAAUGCCGACCUGGCCGAUUCUCACAAUAACGAGAUAGAGCUUGUCUUCAAGCCACACCCAUUACACGAACACCAAGCCUUGAGAUCAGAUUCCAUGAGGUACCUGAAGACGUCAGCCGUUGCCACCAUUGACCACCUUGGCAAAUAUCUCUCUAUGCGUAUCGCGCUGGAUGCAAGAGAGAGCGGCCGGCGAGAUCCAGAAGGCCCUAUGGAGUUUGACAUCAGCAUUGCAUCCACUCCUGGCCAAUAUUCGAUUCUUUCUGGAUCAAUGACCUUGGAGCAAGUUCAGGAUAAAUACUGGCGGUUGACCCGACCCCUUGAGAUGUACUACAGCGUCAAAGGAAGCCAUUGAGGGGCUGAUCUUGCAACAUUAUUAUUUAUGUAUUCAGAAUGUGAAGUGUUUGUUAUACUUAUUUAGAGUUGCUCAUGUUGUUCCUUCAAUAAGUUGUUCGUGCGUUUGCCCACCUUUCUUACAGACCUGUAACUUCUAGAUGGGCCCAAUUUCAGAAAACAUUGCGUAAGUUUCCAUUUUUUGCAUACUGCUUACUUACAUAUUCAGCCAAUGUUUGCUUAUCCUGAAAACUACAUGGAAAUUUGGUUGGUAAUCCUGUUUUUAUCAAGGAAGAAAUUUCAUGCUAAG